GCCGCUCUUAAGUCCCAACCCAUCACCAUUGAUUUGUCCUCUAUUGCCGACGCAUCAUUUCAUUGCCCACACCGCUGUUAUUGGGAAAUAUAUUAUUGGACCGAUCAAACUCAGCUGUAAUGACAAGAUGUGUGAGCUCAAGGGAUAAUUUAAGGAUUCUUAUAAACCUUUUAAGAGAGUCAAGCAAGAGUAUCCAGAUCGAAGCUUUUCAUGUUUUCAAGCUAUAUACAGCCAAUCAGAAUAAACCUCCCGAUGUUGUUAGCAUACUCGUUGCCAAUAGAAGCAAGCUUCUACGUUUGUUUGCUGAUUUCAAGACCGAUAAAGAGGAUGAACCCUUCGAGGCAGACAAAGCCCAAGUCAAAGCGCUAAUGAUGAAAGAAGAAUAUGAACAAGCCACUGUGAAGAACGUGCAUGUAUCCUUACUGCAAGGAUCUAAUGAGCAACCUACAGAAAAAUGGACCCCUCCAGCAGAGUUGGCAGUUAAGAUUAACUCUGAUGCUGCAGUUUCUCUCUAUUCUGAUAGAGCAGGGAUGGCAGUUGUUUGUAGGGAUUCUAGAGGCUUUCUUCAUGAUGGCCUAACUUUCAAACAAGCUGUUGCAUCAGUUUUGAUGGCAGAAGCUUUAGCUCUUCGUGCUGCAAUAGGUACUGAACAAGGAACUCUCAGUGCCUUGGCAAAUUGCACCAAUAGUACAAUCAAUUUGGAUGCGUGCUGCUAGUUUUGAUUUGUGUAAGUUAAUUUGUCUAUGUACCAAGGAGAGUUAAUAGGGUGGCAGACAAGGUUGCUAAGUACACUUUAAAUGGUCAUUGUCCAACCUAUUGGGUGCAAUUUCCGCUACUAGAUCUUUGUAACUUACUGUACCUGGAUGCUUAUUCAUGAGAUGCUAAUAUAACUUGAGUUCAAAA